AUGCGCACAAGCCAGCGCCGCUGCCAUUGGUCGCUAUUGAGGAGCAGAUUGAUGACGCAACAGAAAAAGGAGGAAGUGGCCACUACGGAAGCUGUUCUGGGCCAGAAAGACUUCCCGUUUGGAGCUGUUUGCUGUGGGGAGGGAAUGAAUGGGCGCUGGGAACACGCCCGCGAGGUUGGGACGCGCCGGUAGUAGCUAGGGCCUUAGAGUGUGAGUGGCCGGGGUCGGGUCGCUUCCCCGCAGCAUGGAGGACGAUGCGCCAGUGAUCUACGGGCUGGAGUUCCAGGCACGUGCUUUAACACCUCAAACUGCAGAAACAGAUGCCAUUCGCUUUCUGGUUGGGACGCAGUCUCUUAAAUAUGAUAAUCAGAUCCACAUCAUAGAUUUUGACGAUGAAAAUAACAUUAUAAAUAAAAAUGUCCUCCUCCAUCAAGUGGGUGAAAUCUGGCACAUCAGUGCGAGUCCUGCAGACAAAGGCGUGCUGGCGACCUGCUACAACAGAACUUCAGACAGCAAAGUCCUGACAUGUGCAGCCGUGUGGAGGAUGCCGAAGGAAUUGGAAUCAGGCAGCCACGAGUCCCCUGACGAUUCAUCCAGCACUGCGCAGACCCUGGAGCUGCUCUGUCACCUUGACAACACAGCCCACGGCAACAUGGCCUGUGUCAUGUGGGAGCCAAUGGGAGACGGGAAGAAAAUCAUUUCAUUGGCUGAUAACCAUAUCCUGCUGUGGGAUUUACAGGAAAGCUCAAGCCAGGCUGUGCUGGCCAGCUCAGCCUCUCUGGAAGGGAAGGGACAGCUGAGGUUCACCUCAGGGCGGUGGAGCCCGCACCACAACUGCACCCAGGUGGCCACAGCCAGCGACACCACCCUCCGUGGCUGGGACACCCGGAGCAUGAGCCAGAUCUACUGCAUAGAGAAUGCCCACGGACAGCUGGUGCGGGACCUGGACUUCAAUCCCAAUAAGCAGUACUACUUGGCCAGCUGCGGAGACGACUGCAAGGUGAAGUUCUGGGACACCCGAAAUGUCACCGAGCCCGUGAAGACCCUGGAGGAGCACUCCCACUGGGUGUGGAACGUCCGCUACAACCACUCUCACGACCAGCUGGUCCUCACUGGCAGCAGUGACAGCAGAGUCAUCCUUUCCAACAUGGUGUCCAUCUCGUCGGAGCCCUUUGGCCACUUGGUAGAUGACGAUGACAUCAGUGACCAGGAGGACCACCGUUCCGAAGAGAAGAGUAAGGAGCCCCUGCAGGACAACGUCAUCGCCACCUACGAGGAGCACGAGGACAGCGUCUACGCCGUGGACUGGUCCUCGGCUGACCCAUGGCUGUUUGCCUCCCUGAGCUAUGACGGGAGGCUGGUUAUCAACAGGGUCCCCAGGGCCCUGAAGUACCACAUCCUGCUGUAACUCGAGGCUCUGGGUUAUAGAGGUUCCACUGCGUGGUUAUCCUGGUGGCAGAUUCCCACAUAGUCGCAGCUCUGCGGAGGUGAUUGGUCUUCCAGGUGACUUCCUCUCUGGGAUAGCCGUGUGGCCUUCCUCCAGCUGCAGCGUUUAUGAGUGGGGUGGUUGGGCUGCUGUCCGUGGCACAGCCUGUGAGGAGCCUGUGAGGAGCCUGUGAGCGUGGGGUCCCCAAACACUGGAGGUGGAGCCCCAUGUUGUUAUGUGAAUAACACGUUUUCUGUUUAAGGGGUGUUGGGAGUUUCUCUUUUUAAAAAAAGUCUUUUCCUGUAAGAGUAACUCUUUCUCUUGAGAGUAAAACAUGAACUAAGUCCA